UAGGCAGAGACUCUCAGAGCUAGACAUCCAGGGUCUAGGUAUCUCUCUGCUGCAUGGCCUUAUCAUUAACAAAAAGCAGCAAGAGUGGGACGUUGUGGAGCUCUUCUCAUCUUCGUCCAUGCUGUGUUGGACCCAGUGAGGAGAGUGUCCCAACAAUUACACUCAUGCUUUCUGUCUCCCCUCCACUUCCAACUUUGAGUUGCAUUCACUGCUUUCCAUUGGAUUAUUGCUUUUAUUCAAUGCUGUGGAGGAUUGAAGGAAGAAUCUGCAAGGAGGAUUAACUUCUCUUACCAACUUUUUUUUUUUUUUUUUAAGUAAAGGUGGUUUUAUUCAUCAUCUCAUCUGUAUAAGAUUUUCUUCAGCGGGAAUAAUGCCUUCAUGCUGGAGUAGAAACGCCUGGUUUCCAGUGGUGUUUGGUGCUGCGCUGGUUGUUCUUACUGCUGGUAAUGCUGGACCGAACCAGGACAGAAGGCAGGCUGGGUCGUCCUCAUGCUUUGGUGGCUUUGAUCUCUACUUUGUUUUGGACAAAUCUGGGAGUGUGCAGAAUCACUGGACCGAAAUCUACCACUUUGUUGAACAUCUAGCACAUAAAUUCAUAAGUCCACAGUUGCGAAUGUCCUUCAUUGUGUUCUCCACCGAGGGAAGGAUAUUAAUGAGCCUGACAGAAGACAGGGAACGUAUUCGCAAAGGUCUGGAGGAGCUCCAGAGGGUUCUUCCAGGGGGCGACACCUUCAUGCACGAGGGCAUCCUGAGGGCCAGUGAGCAGAUAUAUUAUGGAAACACUGAAGGUUAUCGCACUGCCAGUGUUAUCAUAGCUCUGACAGAUGGAGAGCUGCAUGAGGAUCUUUUCUACUACGCUGAGAGAGAGGCCAACCGUUCCCGAAGUCUGGGUGCCUCGGUUUACUGUGUGGGAGUGAAAGACUUCAAUGAGACACAGCUGGCAAAGAUUGCUGAUAGUAAGGAUCAUGUCUUCCCUGUGAAUGAUGGAUUUGAAGCUUUGCAAGGGGUCAUUGAUUCGAUCCUGAAGAAGUCAUGUAUUGAGAUCCUGGCAGCAGAGCCCUCCAGUAUCUGUGCAGGAGAGUCCUUCCAGGUGGUGGUGAGAGGAAAUGGAUUCCUCCAUGCCCGAAAUGUCGAUAAAGUCCUGUGCAGCUUUCGAAUCAACGACACCCUCACUAAAAUGGUGAAGCCUUUGAUUGUGGAAGAUACAUAUCUUCUCUGCCCUGCACCAGUGCUUCAAGAUGAGGGCAUGGCAGCAAACCUUUAUGUCAGUAUGAACGAAGGUCUCAGUUUCAUCUCCAGUUCAGUCACUAUUACCACUGUGGGUUGUUCUGAUGGGACAAUCCUGGCCAUAGCUCUGCUCAUCCUGAUGCUGCUCCUGGUCUUGGCUCUUCUCUGGUGGUUCUGGCCUCUCUGCUGCACUGUGAUCAUUCAUGAACCCCCACCGCCAGUUGUGGAGGAGAGUUCGGAUGAUGAGGACUUUGAAGCCCCUAAGAAGAAAUGGCCAACUGUAGAUGCCUCCUACUAUGGAGGAAGAGGAGUUGGGGGAAUCAAAAGGAUGGAGGUACGCUGGGGUGAGAAAGGCUCCACAGAAGAAGGAGCUAAGCUGGAAAAGGCCAAAAAUGCCAAAGUGAAGAUGCCUGAGCAGGAAUAUUUGCCACCCCCCACGCGGGUUCUCAACAAUGGAAUGCACAAACCCCCAGGGCCACGCAAGUGGUACUCACCCAUCAAGAGCAAACUGGAUGCACUGUGGGUACUUUUGAGGAAAGGCUACGACCGUGUGUCUGUAAUGAGACCUCACCCAGGCGACAAGGGCAGAUGCAUGAACUUCACCCGCAUAAAGUCUCCCCUUCCCCACUACCCCGACUACCACCACCACCACCACCACCCAUCUCCCAUCUACAACCCUCAUAGCAAGAGUCCACCUCCGCCACAGGGCACCCUCCCACCGACCCCCAGCAGCCCUCCAUUGUCCCCGUCUUUCUCCUCUUCCAGCCUUCCACCGCUGCCUCCAACACCUCCUCCCACCUCGGUCACUACCUCUCCUCCCAUCACUCCACCCCCGUACACGCCACCUCCCAACCGGGCUCUUCCUCCGACCACACUGCAUAUACCCGCCCCGCCAGCGCUCCCACCCACCCCUCCACUCUCUGCCUCCCCAACUGGCUCCCUGCCUCCUCCUCCACAAGGACCUCCUCCCGUCCGAGCCCCUCCACCAGCACGCCCACCACCUCGCCCUGGCCUGUAAAGCUCUGGCAGGAGACGGGAGACAUUCCCACUAGUUUGAAAAAAGGCAACACGGAGUCCCACCAGCGAUCAGCACAUGACCAUCUUUGAUUGUACGUGUAAGCGAGGACAUGUGAGCGUCUCGUGCCACGCUCAGCGGGCUGUGUCCUUUCUGCCUUGUGAAGAGGAGCAGUGAGGACUUGUUCUCAGCUAUUUGUCUACAGUGACUUUUGUACACAUCUAGCCCAACAGUGCAAUUGCUCUGAUGCUUGAAUUACACAGACCUUCCCCAUAAAUGAGGUCAUGCAGGCCGGCUCAAAAACAUUUGCCUCCAUGGUCCUCUGAGAUGCUUCAGGCCCUGCUGUCCCCUCCAUGUGCACACAAGAUCGUAUGAACCCGAACCAGCUUGUACUAACGCCUCUGUACGUAGGCCCUCAACAAGGAGCACAGUCAUGUUUAAAAUGAUCAUGACACUAAAAUAUGUGCCUAUGUAACCCAUGCCUAUGUGCCUUAUCUUUCCUGGUAGGAGAUAAAAGAUGAUUUAGAGGAAUCUGAAAAUCCCUGUUUUUGUAUGCCUGAAUGGUGAGCAAUUGCAUGCAAUAGUGUUUGAGUCAGUAUUUUUGUUUCUUUUGAAAACAUUUCUACCUUGUUUUAUACAACAUAAACACUUUUUAUUUGUACUAUUUUUGUUGAAUAGACCACAUUUUGUGAGUUUUAAUUUUUGAGGUUCGAAAACAAUCGUUGGUGAUAAACACACGCACAGUACGCAGUAUGUUGAAACAGCAAUACAACAUAUCCGAACUUCCAUGCAGUAUUAAACCAGCCUAAUGAGACUCAUACCUGGCCUCUUUUUUGUGCACAUCAGAGUAAACAAUAAAUUGGGAUUUAGUCACUAAACUAGCCCUAUUGCUAUAACGAAGAUGACUGCAAUCACUGCCAUAGUUGCAUGUGCUCUGUCUAUCAAGAUGUGGACAAAAAUACGUCAGAAUCAGGGAAUAGCUUUGCACAUCGUCUUGCUCAUCCGACUACGGCCUCUUUCAAAAGCUGGGCUUUAUGUAAAUAAUUCUUUUGACAUAACCAUGAGUGUUCAGAUAUCUGUGUGUGUGUGUGUGUCAGGAAGAAAGAGAGAGAGAGAGUACUGUACUAUAUGUAUUUGUGACAGCCAAUCCCACGAUAGUGGCAACUGACUUACCUGACUCAGGUUAGUCAGUUGUCACAAUAAAAGCGUGCUGUUUCAUGGGUAAUAUAUAGUUCAGUGUAGAUUAAACGAGAGGUUAAUAUGAAGCUGUUCUUUAAAGGUGAUCAGAGGAGUCUCAGCAGAGUGCAAAGCAGAUAGCAACGCCAUCAUUAACAAAUCAGAUAGAUCAGAUAAUCAGAUAGUACGUAACUUUCCAUCGAUACAGAAUGUAGACACCUAUGUCUGUUUCACUGACAAUGAAA